UGCACGACCCCAUCAUCCAUUUUUGAGAGAGAAGCUCUGCACAUUAUCAUUUCCACCAUCUCCAUUCGAACCUAAGCUAAGGAAGAAGAAAGAGGGAAAAGAGAAGAGAAAGGAGGAAAACUUGAGGAUUAACAAGGUAAUAACUCCAUUAAUCCCAUUCCUUUUCUUUAAUCUACCAACAUGAUUAUGUAAUCAUAUUUCAUACCCAUAGAACUGUUCUUCACAUUAGAUGUGAAGAAUGAGGGGUUGGAAGGGGGGUUCAUAUCCAAAACGAACUUUGAGAGCAAAGUUGACGGGUUCGUCGGAAAAUAACCUUUUAGGGGUUAUUUGUGGUGAUAUGGGUUCUAUGAUGAUAAAACCUUGUUGUUAACUUGUAUAAGGUACUUCAAGGACUUUCACGGAGUUGAAAGGGUCGCCGGAGUUGUCGCCGGAGUUAGUCGAAGUUCACCGGAGUUACACCGGAGCUCAAUAAGAGAGGCUAGAACUUCAUAAGCUUCUUUUAAGGUUGAGGCUAGAGUCCUGCUACCUGCACCUUUGCCCAGGGUGAACUCAAAUAAGGAAGACGUGGUUCAUGCUUCCAUUCUUAUUUGAAAUUAUGAAAUUGCUCAUGGAUAUUUGAACGAUGUUUUCUAUUAAACUAUUGAAGGGCCUGCGUGCUCAUGUUUGCCACGUGUGGCUAAAUGUCAAACAUAUUUUAUUUCCGCAUUUGUUUGAUUUAUAUAUUGAUGUUGAUUGUAUGGGUUUACUAAUCGGUUUGGCAAUAGAAUCUAUCGGACGCCUUGUAUGAUUUGAUAAGAAUGAACUACGUUGUUCUUAUUGGGUUGUACGGCGGUUGUCUACGUGGCACGGAUGCGGUCCGGGGCGUGACAUGUUAAACACCCCGAGGCCGCCCGAUGAUGAUGAUAACGAGACUUUGGAAACAAGCCACCGCCGCAUAAAGUGGGACAAUGAUGACUAUAUCUGCCGUGGACAUAUUUUGAAUGGUAUGUGUGAUUCUCUUUUUUAUGUGUAUCAAAAUAUUGAAUUGAAUAUGCUAAAACGUUGUGGGAAUCCCUAGAAUCUAAGUACAUGACAGAGGAUGCUUCAAGUAAGAAAUUUCUCAUUAGUAACUUUAAUAGUUACAAAAUGGUGGAUUCUCGUCCGGUCAUGGAACAAUUUCAUGAAAUUCAACGUUAACAUGAUCAACUUUUGAUACACAACAUGCAUGUAAAUGAAACAUUUGCGGUCGGUUCUAUAAUCGACAAAUUACCACCGUCAUGGAAGGAAGUGAAAAAUAACCUCAAACGUAAAAAGGAGGAUUUGCCAAUGGAGCAACUGGGUCACCAACUUCAAAUUGAAGAAGGCAUUAAGUUGCGUGAAGGUGACAAUGGUAAAAAGAACGACCUUCCAAUUUCCUCUAUAAAUGUUUUGGAGGAGAGACAGUCAAGUGGGACUAAGAAAAAUAAAAAAACGUCCCGGGAAAUUCACCAAAAGUUCCAAGUUUCAAAAGAAGCUGGAAGAUAAGAAAGUAGGCUCUUGUUGGAAAUGUGGUGGUCCACACUUCAAGAGGGACUACCCGAAGGUGAAGAAGAACACCCAACCCAACGGCCAUCCGAAUGCUGGCCAAGACAACCAAGGUCAUAAUCUUUUUGUAGUUACAAAUGAUGUUGAUAACAACAUGAUUUUUAUAGCUAUGCUUUCUGAAAUUUGUGUUGUGCAGGAUGAUGAGUCUUGGUGGAUCGACACCGGAGCAACAAGGCAUGUAUGCAAAGAUAGGCACACUUUUAAGACUCUAAAAGAGUUGCAAGAGGGGCUGAUCUUAUACAUGGGAAACGACUCUACUGUGCAAAUUCAAGGAAUUGGACAAGUAGAGUUGCAAAUUCAAGGAAUUGGACAAGGAAUUGGAAUUAACUUCCAGAAAGAAAUUAAUUCUUAAUGAUGUGUACUUUGUACCACAAAUCUGAAAAAAUCUUGUCUCCGAUGGCAUCCUAAAUAACUUUGGGUUUAAACUUAGCUUUGAAGCAAAUAAGUUUAUUUUAUCUAAUGGUGGUGUAUUUGUUGGCCAAGGUUUCUAUUGUAA